GUCAGAUGUCUCUUGAUAUCGUUCACAGACGGUCCGCAAACAGACAGUGCGGUCGUUUACAAAGUAUCGAAGUCUUUUUCUCGGUCGAGCGUAAGGAAGUGAGGAAAACGAGUAAGAUCGAGGGUGGUGUCGAGGUGAGCUGACGAUAUGAAAACAAAGAACAGAUCAUUGUUCAGCAAGAUAUGCAGAUGUUACAAGAAAGGAACAUCCCGGAAAAAUGAUAACGGUGAAUUGUCUCUAAAUCCAACGGUCGAGCCGAUUACGGUGCUCGUUCGGAGACCGUGUUGCGACAACAAUGAAAUGGAGAUGUGCACCCCCGAAGUAUCUAAACAGAUACGCGAUGCCUGCAAGGACCUGGUCCUGUCCAACGAACAGCUCCGUCUGGUCAUGCAGAGGCUCACCGACGAGAUCAACAAGGGCCUGUCGAGAGAGACCCACGACGAAGCGAUCGUCAAGUGUUUCACCACAUACGUGCAGGAUCUGCCAAACGGCACCGAGAAAGGUAACUUUCUGGCGUUGGAUCUGGGCGGCACAAACUUCAGAGUGUUACUGAUCACGUUGGACGGUCAAAACUUCGACAUGAAGAGCAAAAUCUACGCGAUACCUCAGACCUUGAUGCUGGGCACUGGCACUCAGCUGUUCGAUCAUAUCGCUCAGUGCCUGGCGUUGUUCGUGAAAGACCUGAAUCUGCAAAACCAGGUGCUGCCGCUGGGAUUCACUUUCAGUUUUCCCCUGACGCAGAGAGGACUGACACAGGGACAUCUGGUGCGAUGGACCAAAGGUUUCAAUUGCAGCGGAGUGAUCGGGGAGGACGUCGUCGCCCUUCUCGAGGAGGCAAUUAGAAAAAGAAACGACGUUAAGAUUGACGUGUGUGCCAUCCUGAACGACACAACCGGCACCUUAAUGUCAUGUGCUUGGAAGAAUAGAAACUGUCGGAUUGGUUUAAUAGUCGGCACGGGUAGUAACGCCUGCUACGUCGAAAAGACCUCGAACGUGCGGACCGCCAUUCCCGGCAAUUACGACGACAAGAAACCUCAUAUGCUCAUCAACACCGAAUGGGGAGCAUUCGGUGAGGAGGGUGUGCUCGAUUUCGUGACGACGGAAUUUGACCGCGCCAUCGACGAGAAUUCCAUCAAUCCGUCUAAGCAGCUAUUCGAGAAGAUGAUCUCCGGUAUGUAUAUGGGCGAGCUCACGAGAUUGGUACUCGAGAAAUUGGUGAACGACGGUCUUCUUUUUGGCGGCAAGUGUCCGAGCGAUCUCCGAAAGAGGGGCAAGUUCUUCACCAAAUACGUAUCAGAAAUCGAAAACGAUCCCAAAGGAAAGUACACGAACUGUCGAGACGUGUUGGCCGAACUUGGUAUACGAAAUGUCAGCGAUCAGGAUUGCGAGAACGUGAGAUACGUGUGCUCGGUAGUAUCGAGGAGAGCGGCGCAUCUGGCGAGCGCGGGAUUGGCGACGUUGCUGAAUAAAAUGGGCGAGAACAAUGUCACAGUGGGUAUCGACGGUUCGGUCUAUCGAUAUCACCCGCAUUUCCACGACCUCAUGACGGCAAAAAUCAGUGAACUUCAGAGUUACAAGUUCGAUUUGAUGCUGUCGGAAGAUGGCAGCGGUCGUGGUGCAGCUCUGGUCGCCGCGGUGGCCUCGCAGAGACGGUGAAGACGCGGUCUUUUCGGUAGCGAAUUAGCUCCAAUUUAAUUAUAAAACUGUAAUGUAAAAUCCAUACGGUAUGAGAAAGAUAUAUAAAUUGAGUGAACGAUCGAGCAAGUGGGAGCACGAACGAGCGAGCGAGCGAGCGAGAGAAAGAGAAAAAAAAAUAUCAAGUCUCUCCUGUUCGUUUCAGCUGCACUUUCUACAAAUCCGUUCAUUCGUUUCCUCCUAUUUUAGAAAACACUCUAGCUCUUCUGUGAGAUUCUUUCCGAAGAAAUAGUUUGCUAGUCAGAAAACAAAAAGGACUCGCGAACACAUGCGAGCCAUAUUGAUAGAUUGCGGAUCUUUUUUUCAAAAACUGAAAAAAAGUUUUAACAUACGCGGUGCGUAUGUUUACGUCUCGUUUUAAGCGUAGCGAGUGCGAGACAGAGAGAGAGAGAGAGAAAGAGAAAGAAAGAGAUAGAGAUAGAGAUAAAGAUAGAGAGAGUGCAGUUUUAAGAGGGAACGAACAAGAAAUCCGAAACUUGCGCGAUAUGAAAUAUUUACAUGUACAUAGAGAGCACAAAGAUUGUAAUUCUAGCGGAUUAGAACGGUGAAUAUACUUAUAGUUGAUAUUUCUGCGAGAAAUUAUUAUAAAGAGCUCGAGAACGCGUAGAGACGUUCUUUUCUUAAUGGCGGUCAAGUAUGAUAAUAUAUUAUUUAGCGAUAUUAACGAUAUCGAUCGUCAUCUCGCGUGACGUUCUCUGUUUGAGAAAACGGAGCGGGAGAUAAGAGAACUUGAAAAAAAAAAAAAAAAAAAAAAAAAAAUUGCCGUGUAUAAGUUUAUAAUAAUAAUAAUAAUAAUACUGAGCGAGCAAAAAAAAGCAAAAACAUUUGAGUUGCAGCGAGCUAUCGCUGCGGAAAAUAUUACAUAAGUAAAUACAUAACAUUAUAUGUAAUUACGCACGUUAUCACAUACAAUUGUACGACGAAAUGCGAACAACUUAAUUGAUUGUUUUAAAUUCGCGUCGCGGAAAUAUAUUACGUAUUCGACUAUGAAAAAUAAAAUGCGAAGCAAUUCGCCCGAACUCGCAAAAUAAAUAAUGCAGUUUUUCAUCGACAUUUGAUUGAGUGCUUGUGGUUUCCAGUUGUUCCUUUUCAUUUGCGUCACGCAGCCAUUGUAUUGUCGAAGUUGUCGAACGACGUUUUGUCUUUGUGAUUAGUUUCUUUUUUUUUUCUAUUGUUGCAACUAAUUUACGUUGCAAAAUACAAAUGUCACACGAGCGUCUCGAUAACUUUUAACGAUAAUAAUAAAAAAAAAAAAAAAAAAAAACAACUGAAGAUGUAAAACUAUUCACGCAAGUGAAUUUUAUAUUUUGACAUGUAACAAAAAGAUCAAACUAUCAUUUAUAUAAAUUCUUUUUUCAGUUAAUUUUCGAAUCAGAAAUAGAAAGAAACACACAUGUUAAACAUACAAAUACAGGUUAAAGAUUGGGAAAACAAAUUAUUAUCGAAAAAGUUUCAUUUUCUCCAACAUAGCGAAUUUCCGUCACCAGAUGCUUUCGUUGACUUAUACAUACAUUCUGUAUAUGUAGUUAUCUCAUUAUCGAGUUAUUAAAUGCCGUGAAACGAUUGCGUGUGAGAUAAGGCAGGUCGAAAAGUCUUAUCGACUAUAUUAACUAACGUAAUAAACCUCCUUAUCGCGAUAAAGACACGAAGCCCGAUAGCGAACGUUCUCUCGAACCGCAUCGGUGUGUUGAUGUGACUUUUUUUUCUUUUUUAACGGGAGCAGAAAACACAUUUCCGCAGGGGAUCGAAAAAAACGAUAGAAAAUACACAAUACGAUUCUUCUCGCGAGAUUUUUCAACUUCUUCCGCGGCCAUGUUGCGACGAUUACGAGCACUCAAGUCGGUGAGUACUUACGAAAUCUGAACUGCAAAUUAAAAAUAGAAUGUCAAAUACGCGAGACGAGCCAAAAUGUAAAUAAUUUUCUUGCGCAACGUAUACAACGCUGAGACGUUCUUCUCUUUUUGUAUUUAUAUAUUUGUUCUUUUUUGUUUUUCAUAUUUACCGAGGGAAUUGUGACGCGCGUCGAUCAACGAAUUCAGAGAAACUACUAUUAUCACUGUUACAUAAGCGCAACAUCUAUUAUAUUCGUAAGAUUGUAUUAGAAAAAAAAAAAAAAAAGAUUUUUAAAGGAUAUUUUGAGAAAGAGAGAGAAUAUUUUAAAUAAAAACGUAAAGUUUCACAUUUUACUCGAUAUCUCUGUGUGGCCGAGAAAAAUUCUUCUCCGAUUAAAAGAGAAAUGGCGAUUAUUUAUUUACUCGAGAAAGAGAAAGUGAAAAAAUUAUAUGUAUAAAAAAGACAAGAUUGAGAAAUUGAUCCAUUGAGAUGCGAUUGCAAUGUGUGCUUGUAUAUACAACAAAAAAAAAAAAAAACAAACAACGGA